AUGUUCGACAUCUUCGCCCACCUCUUAUCCUCUAUCGCGUCCUUCCUUUUCCCCCUCUUCGCCUCCUACAAGGCCCUCAAGACCUCCGACCCCGCCCAACUGACGCCAUGGCUCAUGUACUGGGUCGUCCUCGCCUGCGGCCUGCUCGUCGAGUCCUGGACUGAAUGGUUCCUCGUUUGGAUCCCCUUCUACGCCUACAUCCGCCUCCUCUUCCUCCUCUACCUCGUCCUCCCCCAGACCCAAGGCGCCCGCAUCAUCUACCAAACCCACGUCCACCCCUUCCUCCAAGACAACGAGGCCCAGAUUGAGGAGUUCAUCUCCGAGGCCCACGACCGCCUCAAGGCCGCCGGCAUUGCCUACCUCAAGCGCGCCAUUGAGCUUAUCAAGACCUCCGUCCUCGGCUUGCCCCCAGGCGACCCCGAACCCGCGCCUCAGCCCGCCGCCGCCGCCGCCCCGAACCAGACCUACACCCAGUCGCUCCUCGCCCGGUUUAGCGUCCCCACCGCGCGCUGGGCCCCGGCCGGCCACGCGGGCUCCGACUUUUACAACCUCCUUGCCGGCGCCGUGUCCGCCGCCACUAGCGCCGCCGCGGGCGGCGGUGCACCCGGUCAGCACCAGGACCUUUCCAAGUCGGGCUCCCUCAUCCCGCCGGAGCUGCAGGGCGGCGAGAGGACGAGCUUCAUCGCCGCGCAGCGCGAGCGCCUCGCCUUCCUCCUCAAGGCUCUCGACCGCGAAGCCGCGGCGUCGGAUUCGGCCUCGGCCGAAGCGUUUGGCCGCUCGGGAAGCAUGCAGCUCGACGGCAGCGAGGAGGAGAUCACUCAGAGGCCGCCGAGCGCGCACAGCGGGCUGAGCAAGUCGCGCAGCGAGACGGAUUUCGAAAAGAUCGACGCCGAGAGCGGGGCCGAGGACCUCGGCGGCGACGACGAGGACGGGACCGUCCGGCGGAGGCAGACGAGCGGCGGGGCAUCGUCGUGGAUGCCGUGGGGCUGGGGCACGACGCCGACGGCCGAGAACCCAGAGGGUGGGUCCAGCUCGGGCGUGCAGAAGUGA